CCGGAAUGCGGAGAUAAACCCUCCCAAAAGCCAGUGUCAGCCGGGGAGUGUCGGACAAGCUGUUCGUGUCCCAUUCUCCACUCCCCCCACUGCAUCAACAUCGUGACAACUUGUGGAGUCGAGUCUGUGGCCUCGGCGGAUUCUAACGCAUCUGUUUCUUCAUGGCUGGGGCAGCCCGCGAUUCCACGUCAUUGCCAUGAGUGAUUUAUCAGCCUCCAGAUUUCAUAAAUACAUCGAGUGACCCCUCGACUGCUGUCCAUACUCCUCUCUUUCAUACAAGCCUUGACAGCAGCUAUCAGCGUUGAAAACUUUAUCGCCGUCUCAACCAUGUCUUCCGAGAUCCCAACCCUUCGCUGGGGCAUCAUCGCCACCGGCCUCAUCUCCUCAUGGUUCGUCGAGGAUCUAGUACUUGAGCGCUCGAAUGCCAGGGCCAAGCACAUUGUUCAGUCCGUCGGAUCAUCGUCGCUUGAGAAGGGCAUGGCAUUUGUUGAGAAGCACCUUCCAGGAAAGACACCGACAGUGUACGGUAGCUAUGCGGAGGUCUACAACGAUCCCAGCGUCGACGUCAUCUAUAUCGGCACACCACACGCAUUCCACAAGCAAAACUGCCUUGACGCCAUUAACGCGGGCAAGCAUGUUCUCUGCGAAAAGGCCUUCGCCAUCACAGCCAAGGAGGCGCGGGAGGUGUUUGAGGCCGCGAAGAAGAAGGGCGUUUUCGUCAUGGAGGCCAUGUGGACUCGUUUCUUCCCCCUCACGAGGUCUCUGCUAAACGUCUUGCAUUCGGAAAAGCUGAUUGGGGAUAUCCAUCGCGUUUUCUGCGACUUUGCCAUGAACAUGAACCUCGCAUCUCUGGGUCCAGACUCGCGCCUGAAGAACCCGGCUCUCGGCGCGGGAAGUCUUCUCGAUAUUGGCGUGUACAGCUUGACCUUUACGAUCCUUGGUUUGGACCCCGGUGUCGGAGAUAAAGCUGUAACGCCCAAGAUCUCUGCGACGCAAACACUUUCAGACGAUAUCGAUAUCGCAACAUCAGCUCUUCUUCUCUACCCCAGCGGCAAGCAAGGCAUCCUGACAGCUUCGACACAAGUGAAGACACCACCUGGAUUCUGCAGGAUUGAGGGAAGCGAUGGAUACGUCAUUGUCGAAGGCAUCGCGACUUCAGUUCCCGGCUCUUUUACCGUUCACUCCUCCAAGGCUUCUGGCGAGGGAUGGGUCGACUCCACGACGGAGGGUCUGAAGUCAAAGAAGUACGACUUUGAGCGGCCAGGCAAGGGCUUUUACUGGGAGGCGGACGCGGUGGCACUGGACAUUGCUGCUGGACGCACAGAAAGCGAGAUCAUGCCCUGGGCCGAGACUGUCCGUGUCAUGGAGAUUUUGGAUGAGAUUAGGAGACAAGGUGGUGCCAAGUUCCCUCAAGAUGAGCAGUAAAAUGGUUAUGUGAAGAGGUAAAAGGAAAUCUUAGAUAGCAAAAACAAAAAGAGAAAACUUUGAAAUACUCAAUAUCUUUUAG